AAGAUAUUUAUAAUGACCCAAAAAAAAAAAUUUGUAUUUUUCAACGCGGUGGCUACCUACUGAAAUACGAUAAAACCCGCGAAGAUCGUGUUUUACUUUCAGUUUACGACACGCAGUUGACCAACGAAAAGGUGGUGAAAAAUUAUUGAAGGACAAAAUUCAUUAUUUUGUAAAGAAAAGAAAAGUUUCAAGCUAAGUUGUACAUAUAGGAAACUGUUCUAACGUGUUAAAUAAAUUGAAUUACAUAAAUUUAAUCUUAAAAAAGCGAGACAGCAAAAUAAAAUUGUUUCCUGUUCGCCAUUUAGAAAGUGUACAAAUACACCAAUACCAAAGCAGAGUGUUAGAUGGUGGAGAGUGUGGAAUGCAAAAGUGUUGCCCUGUUUUGAAUAGAAAAAAACAAUAAAUUUUAAAGAAGUUGCAACUCUACUGUGGAUGGCUCUCCAUAACGCUGUGACUUUUAAAAUAAAAACAAUAUCUAAAUCACUGAAAUAUCAAAAUAAAAAACUUCUUCUGAAAAAGUUAUGACAAGCCGCUUACAAAAGAAUUAAAUCAAAAGGCGUUUAUACAUAGACAAAUCUCAAAGGAAAACAAUCUGUAGCUCCGCAUAACACUCGUCUCUAAAAAUUGACUUCGGGUUAUUUUACUCGCUAUAUAUAUAUAAUAACGAGAAGCUAAUCGGUAUAUUACGUUUCGUGUUUUGUUGCUUAAAGAAAUUAUUUGCAGUUUUUAAUGCAAAAAAAAAGCAUUUAUAAAAACGACUAAAGCGAUAUAAAGAACUUUAAGAAUAAAAGUAGAAAAGAGAAAAAUACGAGCCAAAGAUUAGUGAUGGACGUUGCUCUUAAUUCAGUCGUUGCGUCCUCAACGCAUACCCAACAAUUGGCUGCAGUCGAAAGAUAUCCGACUUUGUUGGAAACCAAAUGUAAUAAUAGUAUUUACAUCAAAAAUUAUAAUAUCGAUAAUAACGGUGCAGUUGAUCUCGGCCAAGGCAUUUUAAAUUUGAUUGGAUCGGCACAGGAAUGUUGUAAAAAGGAAGGAGUAAUCACACCUGGUGAUGAAUAUGCGUUGGCAUCGCUAUCUCUUAAAAAUGCGCUCAAUCUUAAUAAGAAUGUAAAUGAGAUCGAUAUUCAAAAUUUGGUUGAAGACGAAAAAUGUCAACAGCAAAAAAUAUUCCAGUGCAAUAGCAGUGGUCUAGCGCUGCAAGCUCAGCAAUCAGAAAAUUUCGCUACAACGUCUACGGAGUUAUUGUCUGUUUUAAAGGGAACGACAAAUAUAAAAAACAAUUUUAUUCACAACACACUUAGUACUAGUUUGGAUUCAUCAAAUUUGUCGACAUCACCAUCAUCAGUAACAUCAUCUCUAACACUGGCAACAUUAUCAACAUCAUCAAUUACAGAAUCAUCUCCCGUCGCUACAAGAAUUCCAGUUGCAAGCAAAAACUCUGCGGUUAAAUCAGUCAAUGGCACCAAAAAUGGUUUACAAAUUCCGUCCGACAUACUUGAUGACUUGGCAUGUCGAUUUAUAAUUAAUGUUCCCGAUAUGGAAUUGAAUAACUUGAUAAGGAUUUGCUUUCAAAUUGAGUUAGCGCAUUGGUUUUACUUGGAUUUCUUUUGCGCUUCUGGAGGAGAUCAACAACUGCAAAGUGAAGAAGGCAUCAAAAAGAAGAAAUUACCAUCAUGUGGCAUUAAGCAGUUUGCGAUACAGAUAUUUCAGCAUAUUUCAUUUCUCCGUGAUCAUUUAUCAUCAAUCGAUAAAAUAUUGGAUGAUUGGAAAAAUUAUAAAUUAUCAGUCCCCACAUUUGGAGCUAUAUUAAUAUCUGAGGAUCUCAACUUUUGCCUUUUAGUGCAAUCAUAUUUUGCUAAGAGUUCAUGGGGCUUUCCAAAGGGUAAAGUCAAUGAGAACGAAGAUCCGGCGCAUUGUGCAACAAGAGAAGUGUAUGAAGAGACUGGCUACGAUAUUACGAAGCUAAUAGUACCAAAUGAUUAUAUUGAGGCUGUUAUCAAUUAUCAAUACACACGAUUGUAUAUAGUACGGGGUGUAUCACUAGAUACACAAUUCUCACCGCGGACUCGCAAUGAGAUUAAAUGCUGUGAUUGGUUUCCGAUCGAUUCGUUACCAGUUAAUAAAAAUGAUGCCAUAUCUAAAGCCAAAUUGGGUAUUAACGCAAAUUCAUUUUUCAUGAUCAUACCAUUUGUAAAAAGGCUUAAAAAGUGGGUGAAUGAUAAGCGCUCCGGUAUUGAAACACGACGUAAAUAUACUGGUGGCGGCGGAAGUAGUUCGCCUGAAUUGAAUUCACCUACAACGCUGAUGACAACUGCAGCGGCAGCAGCAGCUGCUGCAGUAGGUAGCAAUAACCAAAAGAACUUAAAUACGAGUAAUAGCGGUAAGAAGAACAAACAUCUUGAUAAUUAUGAGGAUAAGCACAACACUUCAAGUAGCAGCGGUGGCACAACUUCGGAUAGCGGUAAUUACAGUGCCGUAUCAUCAGGAUCAAAAAAUGGUAACAAUAGCAAUCGUUCAAAAAGACAACGUCAUAAAUCAAUGGGUGACUUGGAUUGCAAUUCAAAUAAUAAUGACAAAAGUUCAAAUAACAUUAAGACAGUGGGGUCAGAUUGUGCUGAAUCGGCAACCGAAUCAUCGCCUUCUGAUUCUGCACACAGUAAAACAGUGUCGAAUCAUAAGCGCAAUGGCAGCUCAACAAAACUCAGUGCUGCCAGCAGCAUUAAUAAUGGACAACAUAGCAAUCAGAGCAACGUUGCGGGCGGCAACCCAUCAUCCAAACGCCAAUUGUUUCACAGCCAAAGUCAAAGUGGUAAUAACCAAAAUGGAGAAAAGAUGAUCAGCUCCUUUGAUUUAAUUCGCAAAGAGAAACAACAUCACCAGAAGACAGUUGCACAAACUGACAAAUCGGCAAAAGCACAAAGGCAGCAACAACAACAAUCAAAUGGAAAUGGUAGCAGUGGGCGCGUACGGGCCAAAUCGCAGGGAGAUAAAAUGUGCGUACAACAACAAAAUACUACCAAAAACAAUAACACCAAUAACAACAAUGGUGGCAACAACAAACAUCGUGUACAAAAGCAAAUAUCAAUGAUUAUUGCCAACUCAAACGAGACAAAUAAUAAGGAUAAUAAGAGCAAUACGAUUUGCAACACUGCCGCUAAUAAGCCUAGAGUUGUAUCUACUCCCUUACCAUCGCCGACCUGCUCUGGAGCAGAACUAUUGGCACUUGCCGCAGAAGCUGUAAAUAUGCCGCCAACAGUAACUAAUUUGACGCCAAGACCACGUCCAGCAUCGGUAUCUUUACAUUUUACCACAUCGGUUGCCAGCCCAGCUGUUCAACAAUUGCAACGCAUGGCCUCAGGUACGAAUUUGCGUAUAUUAAAGCGCUGUACAUCGUAUCAACCACAGACGGAGCAGCAAGAACUGCAGACAAAAACACUUUCAAUUAAGCAAUUGCAAGAACAGCAGGUAUUGCAGCUUGAUAAUAAUCAAGAUACACGUCAGCAGCCACUGAAAUUUACACCAAGCUUAAAUUCUUGGACGAAUUUUUCGUUUACAAAAAAUUUUAUUUCAAACGUAUUCUGUUAGAUACCAUGCCAAUCAAAGUAGAAGAUGUGCCGAAUGAUUGAAUGUUGUGUGGCGCGGUAAUAAUAGAUAUGUCUGAAUGAUUUGAAAGUUAAGUUUGCGAAGAAAGUAUUUUAUAAGAGAGGCAUAAGAAGGUGAACUGCCUUAAUAGCGAUCAAAUUUUUGUUUAAAUUUAAUUCAAAUGCUUGUCAUUUGGUGAUAAAAAUAUUGAAUUGCAUGUUAUUGAAUAGCGAAGUCAGAAUAAAAUGUAUGUACAAGACACAUAAUAUCUGAGAUAUUUAGUGACGAAAUGUGUGUGCAUAGAGUCAAAAAAAAUAAUUAACAUAGAUUUUUUUGUUAUACAUAGUAUAUUUAUUCGAAAUGUACUAAAAGGAAUUUUAACUUUUUAUGGCUUUCUCCUAGUACUCAACUCGCUGCUUUUAACUAAUUUUUUUUUCUCAAUGUAUCUACUACAAAACUAUUUUAUUUAUAUCUAUUUAAUUUUUCUCUAAUCUGAUCAUUUUCAUCUUCAAUUUUGCUAAAACUGAAGCAUACAGACGAAAUUCAAACUUGGAUUUUUAAUUUUAGUUUUGUUUAUAAAUAAAAAAAUAGAUUAUCUUUUGGUGGGACACUAUACUUCCUUCAAACUAUAUGAAACAAUUAAAAUCAAACAUUGUGAAAUUGUAAGUUUUAGCCUAUAUAAUAUUAGAAUAAUUAUUCAGUUGAUAAAAAAUGCCACCUACAAAUAGUGAGAAACCGCUAGACGACUAAUAGGUAGGCUUAAGCGUAAUUGUAGCCAUUAAAAAUUGAUGGUAACUUAAUAACAUCCAAAUCAACCAUCAUUUCAUUCCAUCAUCACGCUCUACCAACGCCUUGUGAUAGUACAAUAAAUUUUACUUUUAGUUUUAAUGAUAAAUGUAUCAUGUACGUACUGAAAUGUAAAAAAAAGUGCAAAGUAACUUGUCGUGUGCAGAAAUUAAAUGCCUAUUUUUGUCGCUCUAUUUAAAUGCUCUCAAUGAAUUCUUCCAUUUUGAUAAUGAAGAGUAAUUUCAGUACAAAUUUUCUUGCUGUUUUCAUGUGGCAUUUUGAGCGCAAAAAUGUUGAGAAAAUAGACAAACAAACAAACAAACAAAAGAAAACAUAAAUUAUUCAAAUGUACCUCGAGUUAUUGCAUUUUUUACUCUAUAUUACUCAUAAUAAUGUUCAAAUUUCUAUGGACCAGAAAUAAUUACCUUCUUAACAUUUAUUUUAA